AUGGACAGCGAGCUGGCUGAUUUUGCUGCUUCUUACUUCGGCGAGGAGGAAGCCGUCAAGAAGCCUGACAGCAGUCCAUCCGCAGGAGAGCGGAAGGUAUUGAUUUUACACAGGCCCACAAUCACACAGGAUCCCCCAUUCCUGAAUCCCCCUACUUAUGGCUACCCGGACGGCGGUGGCGACCAGCCAAGCUUCGUCCUCAUCGAGCCACACGCCUACUUUGCCGACCGCCUCAACGCCACCACCGCCGACUGCGGCUUGGAGGGUCUCGGUCUCCGGGGGAAAAUCAAGGUCACCUUCUGCACCGCCCAACCGCCGCAAGUCUCCUACCUCUGCGUCCAUGCCACCGACUACGACCACACCGCGUUCGCCUACCCGCCUCACAUAGUCGCCACAGAGACUGAGGGCGGCCUCGUCCUUCUAUCCGUCGUAGUCGGUGGCCGCCCAUCCUAUGCCUCGCCUCGCCUCAAACAACACUACUUUGUCUACAACGCAAGCGUCCCUGAGCUCAAGCACAUCAAGCAGCCGGGCGACGACCACCCAGUCAACGAUCACUCCUUUGCCAUUGUGAGCAAUGGCAAACCUGAUUGCACCUUCGUCCUUGCCGCACAAGCUGAUAGGUUUGGGCAUGGCAAUCCUUCUCACCUCUGCCUGUAUCAAUCUGGUACCAACUCCUGGAGCAAAGUGCUGGUGAAUGUCGAUUCAGUCCCCUACCAGCUCACCACAUACAAGGCAAUCACCAUAAAAGGAGAUUUAGGCCUAGUAGCCUGGGUUGAUCUCUCACAUAUGAUCACCUUCUGCAACGUGCUGGACAAAAGCCCCAUCGCUGCCUAAGCUGAACGUCCAUGAAGGUGUCACAGCUCAGCCAACCUUGUCGACUCUCGACAUUGGCCUGCCCAAGCUGAGUCUCCAAGAUGAUUGCAUUCUUUACCUCCUAGCCAAGAUUGACUAUCGUGACAUGGAACACACAGCAUGGGUGCUUGCUGUUGACAUGAAGAACAAGACUGUCAAGAGAGUGGCCGAGUUUAGCCCCAAAAGGUCUAUCGCCUUGUCCACCGGCUACGAUUCAAGUAGGAUCUCCAAAUAUCUCAAAGUUGGUCCAGGUAAAGGCGUGAAUACGGAAAUGACCUGUGAUCCCCCCCUUGCAAGAAGCUGAGCUGGGACCGGAGAGGAUGUCAUUCUGAUAGUGGAAGGAGUUUACAUGUGAGAUGAACUGGACUAUAUGAUCUGAGAAUAAUGCCCAUGUGUCGAUGGAGGGGGUAGUGGAUUAUGGAUGAUCAUCUCUCUGAACUGUCUUUCAUUUGUCUGUUAAUUUUAGGAUUAUGAAUACUCUCAAGGAUUCCUCACCUUGUUUUAUUAUAUGUAUCCAUCUUGUCUCACCACCUAUUCUUAUCGCUUAUCUGCAAUAAGAACUUUCCAUGAACUAGUAUAUUAUGUCAGUUGUACUGCCCUCUGUA